AUGACGAUUUCGCCCCAGGAUGGCACCUUCAACCCUACUCUGGACAACAAACUGGGGAUCACUGCGCAGUGCGACGUGACGGGAUCGGGCGGGCAAGCCACCACAGCCUGCUGGCGAGCACAGCUGGCGGAGUGCGGCACCGUCCCCUGCGACACCGGCCGGCUGCCGCCCUACAACGCCACAGGCCCCACAACUUACGCCCCUGCGUCCGUGGCCUACGGCGGCUCGCCUCCCACAUACGUCUCCACCUAUCAGUUCACUACCCUCAUUAGCAGCAACUCAACCAGCAACGUCACAGGAGUGAUCUACCCCGGCGCCAGCAACAAAGUAGAGGUCAAAGCGACGUGCAUCAUCGAGGGUCAGUACGCUCUGACCGCGGUACAAAACUGGCCCGCCCAGAUGCAGCUGUGCGGCCCCAACGGCGGCCAGCCGUGCUCGGGCAACUCUUACGACCCUGGCGCGCCAACCCUAACCCCGUCCAAGGUUACUUACAACAGCACCAACAACCGCUACACCGCCGAGUACACCUUCACCAUCGAUGACGCGUGGAAGGGGCAGCCCAUCACCCACCGCUACUUCCUGUGCCUGUACGAAGACGCGAGCGCCAACGUUGUGCAGAACGAGGGCUCCUUCAUCCAGGACCCGGCCUUCGCCUCCAUCAGCCCCCCGCCGACAAUCCAGAUCCACUCGGUGCGGCCCGCGCCACCCUGCCCAUGCCACGCCUGCCGCGAAGCUGCUCAUGUGCUGCUUGCGGUGUGCAGACCGGGGCUGCGUGCCCCGGUGGCGGCUGCGCCUCGCUGGUGGGCUACUUCUCCCGCCCCCGUCGGGCCUGACGGCGACAUCGGCAUCGUGGGGCUGGGCACCACGGGUGACACCGCCGCCCCAGACUCCGACUCCAUCACUUGCUCCUCGGGGGUGGCCCUGGGCAUGGACACCGCCCGCUUCAACGCCACCUCCCCCCUGCCAGACGUGGCCAAGCUGAUCAAGCCCGCCGCCACCCAGCCCGCCUCCGCCCAGCCCGCCACCGCCCAGCCCGCCGCCUCCCUCGCCACCGCCGCCAAGCCCACCGCCUCCCUCGCCGCCGCCACCUAG